CCAGCGGCAGGGAGCUUCAUUUUCUGAUCUGCUUUGUGCUAAAAUGGAGGCUGGCCUGUCGCCUUGAGUGGAUCGCCUUCCUGGUUGAGGUUUACAUGUUGACAUGCAAUAGGUCUGAAGACAGAAUGGUUGUGGAUGCGCCUAAUUCCAACGGGCCUUUUCAGCCGGUGGCCCUUAUGCACUUCAGAGACGUCGCACCCGCCGAGCAGGAGAAGCUCUUCAUUCAGAAGCUGCGACAGUGCUGCGUCCUCUUCGACUUCCUUUCAGACCCGCUCAGCGACCUGAAAUGGAAGGAGGUGAAGCGGGCGGCCCUGAGCGAGAUGGUGGAAUACAUCACCCACAACAGGAAUGUCAUCACAGAGCCCAUCUACCCAGAGGUGGUUCACAUGUUUUCAGUGAACAUGUUUAGAACACUGCCUCCAUCGUCCAACCCCACGGGAGCUGAAUUCGAUCCCGAGGAGGAUGAGCCGACACUUGAAGCGGCAUGGCCACACCUCCAGCUCGUCUAUGAAUUUUUUCUUAGGUUUUUAGAAUCACCCGACUUUCAGCCCAACAUAGCGAAGAAAUACAUCGACCAGAAAUUUGUUAUGCAGCUUUUAGAACUAUUUGACAGUGAAGAUCCCAGAGAGCGAGACUUCCUUAAAACGACUCUUCACAGGAUCUACGGGAAGUUCCUAGGCCUGAGAGCUUACAUCAGAAAACAGAUCAAUAAUAUUUUCUAUAGGUUUAUCUAUGAGACGGAGCAUCACAAUGGUAUUGCUGAACUACUGGAAAUACUUGGAAGCAUUAUCAAUGGAUUUGCCUUACCUCUAAAAGAAGAGCACAAGAUUUUUCUGUUGAAGGUUUUAUUACCUCUACACAAAGUGAAAUCACUCAGUGUCUACCAUCCACAGUUGGCCUACUGUGUGGUGCAGUUUUUAGAAAAAGACAGCACUCUAACUGAGCCAGUGGUAAUGGCUCUCCUAAAGUACUGGCCAAAGACCCACAGUCCCAAGGAAGUGAUGUUCCUCAAUGAGUUAGAGGAGAUUCUGGACGUCAUCGAACCAUCUGAAUUCGUGAAAGUGCAGGAACCUCUCUUCCGGCAGCUCGCUAAAUGCGUGUCCAGUCCGCAUUUCCAGGUGGCAGAGCGGGCGCUGUACUACUGGAAUAACGAGUACAUCAUGAGUCUGAUCAGCGACAACGCGGCCAAGAUUCUCCCAAUUAUGUUCCCCGCUCUGUACCGAAACUCCAAAACCCACUGGAACAAAACCAUCCACGGCCUCAUUUAUAACGCUCUAAAGCUGUUCAUGGAGAUGAAUCAGAAGCUCUUUGACGACUGCACUCAGCAGUUCCGGGCCGAGAAAAACAAGGAGAAGGCCAAGUCGAAGGAGCGUGAAGAAGCUUGGAUCAAGAUCGAGAACCUCGCCAAGUCCAAUCCACAGUUCUCUGUGCUUGUUGAUCCCUCUGACUUCAAUUGUCCGGUAGCAAUGGAGACGGAUGUUCCUUUGAUAGAAGAUGUUCAGAGGUUAAAAAAGACAGUUGAGGAAGGCGCAACUCAGCUGCAGCACGGCCAGUGGAAGGACCGGCCUAUGAUGCGGCGCAAAUCUGAGUUGCCUCAGGACAUCUACACCACAAAAGCCUUGGAGACCCACCGCAGAGCUGAAGACAUGUUGACAACCCGUGACGGACUCUAGAUCCAGCUACUCGACUGCCCCUCCGUGGCCAUGGACAACCCAUCUCCCCCACCCACGCACACACACUUUCCCCCCAACCCCAUGUCAUUAGUUCUCGUCCAUUCCGACUGCCUCUUUGAGAGCAGCUCACUGGGCCUGUGACCAGUGCAGAAGUCUUGUAUUGGCGUUCCUCAGAUUUCUGCUUUCUCAGGUUCUUUUGGUUUUAUUUGGAGAAGGACGUCCACGUGUGUACGUGUCUUUGCGCUCUUGCCGUUUGGCUCCGCGUUGUCUGCCCUGUUCAUCCCAAACCCUCGGUCAUCCACUCACUCUUAAGCGAAGAACCCGGCGCUGGCACUGAGCCGGUUCCUUCUUUCUUUCUGGGGAUGCGGAUCUGCAGGAACGGACGUGUUAAUGGAUUUUUGUUCUCCAUCGCACGGAGUGCAAGAAAGGUCAAAGGAAAGACGAUGUCGUCAAUUUUCCUUUUCUGUCUUUUAACAGACAGCUUGUCAGUGCCAAGACUGUAUUUUUGUUUUUAAAUCUUCGAUUCAAACAAGGGGCACUUGCCUUUUUUUUGUCAUGAGUGUUUUUUUUUUUUUUUAGUGUAGCACACUUAACGACCAAACUCAGGCCUGUCCGUCGCCUUGCAAUGUCCAGGUAGACAGCGAGGAAAGACGACCUUGUCCUGUGGACAUCUGUCACUUUCCGUUUUUUUUUUUUUUUUUUUUUCACGUGCCAUUUGCCGUGCUUGCUUCCUUGUGUUCACAGGAGACGUUUGAAAUCUAGGUGCCCGUUACGGCCACUCCGUUCAAACAGUGGUACUGCUGAAUGUGACUUUGAAUCCUAACAAGCUUGGACUAAGAGUUUUAAAGAAAAUCUCCAUAUUUGAUCUAUAAAAAGCUAAUUUAUUAUUAAAACGAAGCUCUAUUAACCUCACUAGUUAUAGAUGCACUUAAUAUUGAAAUAGAAAUACCAAAAAUCCCCUUCGUCAAGCUCGCAUGUUUGCUUUGCCAUCAUUCGUCUGUCAGCGAAUCAGUACCGUUGUUUCGACUCACGCGUCAAGAGUGUUCCGAUUUCUUUAUAUUUGAUGUGCUAGUUGUCUCGUUCCUGGAGGUGAAGUAGUUUGGCCGUCCCGGCCUAAAAACCGGCCGGUGUCACACAGAUGCUGAACAGUGAACUGACAUUGUGACUUGGCUCGGUUAACUGUAUUAAUACUGUAUUUGCUUGAAUGCAAAAAGUUGUAAAUUGAAAAGUACCAUGUUAAACAUGUACCUUUUACUCCGGAGGAAUGCCAUUCAACCAAACUUGAUUUCUUCUUGUUUCUAUAAAAAAAAUAUAAACAAAAAAAACCCAUGCUUGCUGGGAAGGAUAAUCUUUUAUGGGUUUUUGAGUUAUUUUAGUGCUUACAAACAAGUCCUUUCGAGAAAGAGAGACUAUUAAAAAGUUAUCUGGUGGCUUGUCUUUUUGCAGAUCUUUUCUUUUUCACAUUUUAUUUCCAAAACAUAACUUAAAAGUGUCCUUUUGUAUGUGACCUGUACUAUAUAAUUCAUUUAAUAUUGUAUAUAUGAGUUACUUUGUUUCAUGUAGUGUUAUAUAUCUAGAUUAAUUUUGUACAAAUUGUCUUUCUGUACAGAAUAAAAACCUCCAUAGCAAGUAAAAAAUGUCAAUCCGGCACAUUUUUUUUUGUUUUUUUUGUUUCACCAUCUCCUCUGCAAAGCAAUGGUUUUGAAAAGUGUGCAUAUUUUUACUGUUAAAUCCAUGUUCAUGUGCUCCAAUCACUGUCUUUAGUGGUGUUUAACAAUAUAGAACGAAUAAAGAGCUUAUUUGAAUAUAUAUUUUCAACCAUGCAUACAA